AUGAGCGACAGUGUGAGCGCUUUUUUCGCGAAGAGGAAAGACAAGAAGCACAAGCACACGGUGGUCAAAGUGGAUCGAGUCGCUGAAGUGCUUCAGAAGAGAACUCAGGAACAAGAAGAAAUGGUGGUAGCAAGGACGGAAGAUGAGAAACGGGCUGCUGAGGAAGAAGCAUUCAUGAGAGCUGCGGCUGAAGAAGAUGAAUGGGUGGGCUAUGAUGAUGAGGUUGAUCGAUUUGAAGGGCUGAAGAUCAAGGACAUGGUGACAUCGAUUGUGGAUGAGAACGAGCAAACGAAUGCCGAACAGAAAAAUUGUGAUGGACAACAGAGUGGAUGGGCAACGCAGAACAGAAAGAAAGAAGAGACCGUUGAAGAGGAAGCAAAGCCGGAAGAAGUUGCGGCUAUUGGCAAGAAUGCGUCUGCUCUCAAAGCUUAUGUUGCACCCAAUCGCCGUGCAAAUGUUGGUGGUGCAUCGUUGGACUUUCAAAACGAGGAAUUGUUUCCAACACUUGGUGGAGCUGAAGAAAUUGAGAAGCAAUUAAAAGAAGACAAAAAGAAUGGCUGGGUUACAAAGGGUGAGCCACGCCAAGAAGAAUCUGGUGGAUCAAUGACUUCAGCUUCGGUUUCAGCCGCAAUGAAAGAUGCUAUUGAUACGGCUCGCAAGCUGUCUGGAACUUCCACUCCACGUCAGGAAAUCAGAACUUUAACAUUGGGAACUACUGGCAGUGUGGGUAACCCUCCAAAGGCUACAAACGCUUACAAACCUCCGUCUAGACGGGAAGAUGGUGACGGGAAACUUGUCGAGCCUUCGAAGAAAAAGGACGUUGACGAGUCUCCAGUCGGGCAAACCAAACAAGUGGUGGAUGAUCACAAGGAUCAAAAGGCUUCCGAUGCUCCCAAAAAAGCCUACGUGGCACCACAUCUGCGUAAAGGGAAAGCA